UUACACCAAUCUUGGCUGUUAGCCAUAAACUGUGGCCGUGCGUCCGUACACUCGAAUUAACUCCGGCCGGGAAAAUAUGUAUAUUUUGUAACUAAGCAUUUUUGAUAAGAAACAAGAAUUAUAUACCCUUGCGAAGUUCACUACCAUCAAUGAAACACCCGUAGAUGUUCAGUGAAGAGCUGCGAGUGUGACGGAAAUAGCAACGGGCCAAAUCGCUAAAGUACGUUUCAGUCGAACGUAUGAUGGCGCCGUGAGCGUCUCACGCGUCGGCCAUGGUGUGCCUCAGUCGGACGCUAGCUCUAAUUAUAUUUGCAAUACCUUUAUUAGUGACAGUGAUAAGCGCAUUCCGUGUUCGCUUACCUGGAGUUUCCCACGAAGUUAAAUCGGAAUUUAGAAAACAUAAAUGUAAAGAUUGUGAUGUGAACGACCUUAACCUUGACCCAAUUACGCAUAGUUUUAAAAAAGAGAGCGUGAAGCGUUCGUACGAUGAUAUUAAGAAAAUUCAAAAAGACAAGCGAUAUUUGAUUGAUGAAAAGUUAAGUAAAACUAGUUUUGAUCACUAUAAUGUUACUGAAGAAGAAAAUGAAGAUAAUGGUAAUGAUUUGAGUGAAGAAAAUUUAGAUAAAUCCAAGUUUAAAAGUGUUGAACUGUCUUCAAAUUUACACCUUAAAGCUAGAACUAAAAAAGCUUCAUUGAUUUUAGACUUUGACGACGACGACAAUGACAGUGAUGUCGAAGACGAUGACGAAUAUGACGACUAUAAUAAAAAAGACUCUAAAAAAAGUGGUUCAGCCGAAAGUAAAAAGAUAGUUAAACCUAGAGAACAUUUACAUAAAGAUGUUACUGCCACUGCCAAACCUAAAGCUGCUAUUACGGAAAAAAUCAACAUAAAAUUUGACGAUAAGGAUGAUGUUAGUAAAAUUAAACUUGUAACAACUGUGCCGAAAACCGAUCCAAAGAAAAAGAUAGACGUGUUGCCUCCGAAAGAAAUUUUAAAAGAAAGCCUGAAAUCCAAAGAUGAAUUAUUAAAACCUUUGAAACAAGAAGUAAACAAGUUGAAACAAGAAGGUAAUAUUCACAAAGAAGAAGACAAGAAAAAUUUUAAAAGCUCUGUUCAAACAAAACCAACAAAUGAGGAGAAAACGAAAGAUUUUUCAAGUAAAGAGUCAUUCAUAGUCAAGCCUGAAGGCGCUAAACUUGGAUUAAAAGUAAAAGAGGAUUUAAUAGAUAAAGAAAAAAUUAGAUCAAAGAAAGCUGAUGUUAAAAUAACCACCCAAAAAUUAAAAGAAAGUCAAGCCGUAUCUGAAACAGAUGAGAAUGCUGAAAGGACAAAAAUUAACAUAGAAACGAAAAAGUCAAAACAUUUUGAAGAAUUAAAAGUUGAUAAACAAGAAAGUGUAACAAAAAGCGACAGCAAAGAAGCACGUGUACAACACCUUUCAGAAGCUUUGGUUAGACGAAAUUUAUUACAAAGUGAAUUUGAAGAUUUUUAUGCAUUUUUCCCUUCAUUUGCACCGAAUUUUUCACGCAUUCAUAAUCCUGAAUGUCGGCGUCAUGGUCAAAUAUUGUUAAGACAGUUACGUGGUACAAAAAUAUGGGCCUUAAAUAUGCUCGAUGCAACUGCGAAGAUUCCCUCGGGUUUGUUACAAGGUAAUGGCAUACAGUUAGGCGACUUCGACCAAUGUUUGGGUGUACGAGCUAGAGUCCAAUUAGACACAGGAAGUAUUGUCAAAAUACAGGGAAAGUAUUGCCUGGCCAUGGUCGAUGUGAAAGCUGAACAUACGGAUUUAGAAGUGCCAGUUCAUCUGGCACAAGCGAGGAAUAUUUUCAAGAGUAGAAUUGAUGAUCCAGGUCACUUUGUACCGCGUUUCUCGACACUGAGUUGGGGAGUAUGCGUCCCAGCACCUUGCGGUCCAGAGGACGUUGAGGUGGUUCUCAGGGAUGCAAUCAAACACUAUCAAUACAAGACCGGGAUAAGUGUCAAAGUGAAAGUCGACGAAAUGGAUUGCCAUGUGUGGAAAGGCGCAAACUGGUGGAAGGAUUGGCUUGACAUGCCGACGAUAUUAACGCUAUCAUUGUACGCGAUAGUAGUUAUAAUAGUUUUAUUGGCAACACUACAGGAUUACCUCGCAAGAAAUAGAUCUGAGGAAACUGGUGAUAAAGAUAAGGUGGAUGAAGAUAGUGAAAAAAAGGAAAAUGAUGAAACAGUUAUAAAAGAGAAACACUCCUCAGGUGGAUUUUUAUGUUCCUUUUCGUUAUACAAUUCGCUAAGUAAAUUAAUAGCACCACCGAGUAAAGACGAAAUUGCUUGCAUUCAUGGACUCCGAGCCCUCGCCACGGUAGCGCUAUUGGUCGCCCACAAGUUUCUACCAGUCGCCUUAACACCUUAUACCAAUCGAAUCAAGCUAAGUGAGGUUUUCACGUCACCGUUGUUGUCCUGGUGCCGAGCUGGUUGGAUGUUCACAGACUGCUUCUUACUCCUCAGCGGAACUUUGACAUCGUAUCGCAAGUCUACCGAUGACACAGUAGCAUCAAAGUUGCUUUCGAGAUAUGUCAGGCUAACUCCAGCACUUCUAGCCGUGGUACUCUUUUAUGCUUACGUGUGGGAUGACAUUUCUUCUGGACCAAUGUGGGGUGCUUUGGUGACGAAAAAUGCGGAAGUAUGUCGUCAAGGGUGGUGGUGGAAUUUGUUAUAUGUCCAGAAUUAUUACGGUUUUGAGGAUAUGUGUGCUCCACAAACUCACCACAUGGCACUAGAUUUCCAGCUCACAUUCAUAGGAGGACUGAUCCUUUGGGCCAUACAGGCUGAAGUGCCAUUCUCUACUACCAUGAUGCCAGUCCUUCAUCUAUUAUCAGCGUAUUCGAGAUACACUACAUUUAGGGAUCACCGUCUUACUGCACUUGCUUACCACGGAGUGAGUGUUAGCCAGUUGUAUCGAACUGGUCGUUUGAGCUACAUCUCAAUCUUUCACCGCUGUACGCCAUACUUUAUAGGAAUCAGUUUGGGACUUGUGCUGAGAAAUCCUUCGAAUCAGAGUAAGCUUAUGAAUAUCCUGGGUUGGUUCACCUGUGGUACGCUAAUGGGACUGGUUCUGUGGGCGGGUGGGGACUCGGGCUACCUGGAAUACCGUUAUGACGUCACAUUUGCAUCGAUAUACGCAACAUUAGCUCCAAUAGCAAUGGCGUUAGCUAUUGCUUGGUUGGUCUACGGCGUACACAACCAACAUUCGGCUAUUUUAUUACGUUUGCUGAGUUGUCGCCCACUUAUUUUUAUAAGUCGAAUUUCCUACGCGUUGUAUUUAACACAAUUCAUCGUUUAUCUCACGAAUACUGCCACUACAAGAGCUCCAAAGGAAUUUUCUCUUCUGACAGUGAUUGAUCUUCAAGAAGUAUUAGUAAUAUUGUUAACAUCGAUUGUUUUAACGAUAGCAUUGGUGAUUCCACUUCAGUCGUUACCAAAAAUAUCAUUUGAAUCUAAAACUGGUGAAGAAGCAGACGAUAAAAAAGCAUCUGAUGAAAACCAGAUACAGAAUAAUAAAGAAAACGAAGUACAGACUGAGCAAAAUGAGAAUACAAAGGAAGCCCCUCAAGUAAAAAGAACGUUUCUAGCCCAUAGGGAAGUAUUAGAAGAGAUCCCAGAAGUUGAAGUUGAAUACGAGAUACAGAGGGAUAUUAAUGAUGGCUUAGAAGAGAUUUUAGAAGAAGAAGAUGAUGAGGUUUUAGAGGAAGAAAUCUUGGAAAGAUUAGAUGAUGAAGAUUUAGAGAUUAUUGAAGAAGAACAAGCCGAAGAAGAAUCAGGGGAAAAUUUUUGGGAUGAAAGGAGAAAUUAUAUAACGAGAAGGUCAUUUACAAAUGAUCAGGAUUUAGACGAAUGGGAAUGGACAGCGAAUGGUAACGAGAGGUCGGGGAGUCAAUAUCAUCGAUAUAAUAGAUAAGAAAUUUAUUAUUUAAAUAAAAAAAAUACUCAUUUAUCAUUUUUUAUUUAUUUUUUUUAUGUCUGAAACCUUUAAAUACUUGAAGUGAAACUCAAAAUAAUAAUCGAAAAACUGUUAAGUAUAAUUGACUAAUAUACCAUUAUUGUUUUUUUUUUUGUUUUGUUGUGGGCUCGGUUUUCCGCAUUUAGACACAAACCGUUAUGCGUGAAAACCAUUAUUGAAUACUUGGUAAAAUAAUUUGAAUUCAAGAGCAUUAAAAUCAAAGGCCAAAAAGAAAAUACAAA